AUGGAUUAUUUACACGCUACCUCUGUGGCCGUUUGUGUUACAGGCCUUGCCAUCGUUUUCUUGCUUAGUAUAUUUGCGCUGAGACAUAUUGUAUUCUGGGCAUGUCAGCGGGCAUCCAAUGCCUAUCGGCCACUGGAUCAUUUGUACCACGAUGCGGACGGUGAAGCAACAAAGAUUUCCAUGCAAACAGCUUCAAAGCCAGUCCUGCGUCAUGUCAUAACCACCUGCGUCGUUAUAGGAGAGUUGGCCUCUUUAGUUGAGGCGACUUUUACGAUUCUUGGAUCCCGUUUUACAUACAUCGGUGUCUGGUUGAGACUGGCGGCAUGGACACUAGUCCUGCUUCAGUGUGUUGCAUUACUCGUCCAGCCUUCCUGUGCCCUCCAGUUCUCUGUUGGAUGGAGGACAGGACUAAGUAGUUUGACCAUUUUGUCUCUGCUUUGCACUGAGGGGUAUGUGCAAUAUCUCGCCAAUACACUAAACCCAUGGCAAAUAACACUGGGUACAACAGAGGCCGUCGCUUGCUUCUUGGUUGGAUUCUUUUGCCUUUUGAUUCCGCGACGACCGGAUGUUGUUCAUAAUGGCCUUGUUGUCGAUCGGGAGUACACAACCAGUCUGCUGGGCUGGGCUACCUUCUCUUGGGUCGGAACAUUGUUGAAAGAGAGCAAAAGAACUUCCGAUCUCUCGAUCAAAGACCUCCCGGAGCUCGAUAGCAACACUCGUGCAAACACAAUUUACAACUCGCUCAAAGAAACCAUGCCGAAAGGCACGGCUUUUACAUCCAAGGAUAUAUGGAGAUUUCUGUUUCGAUGCAACAGCGUACCUCUCAUAAUUCAAGGCGCUUUGACAGUUGUAUUAUCGGUAUUAAGCUUCCUGCCACAACUUGCAUUACUGGAUAUCCUGCAAAAGCUGGAAGGUCCACAGCGAGACGAGAAAGGAAUUGGUCUUUGGCUGCCUGUUGCAGGACUUGGAGUGUCCGUUCUGGCGUCGGCCAUGCUGGAGACAGUCAAGUAUUGGAUCUCGUAUAACAAGCUUGUUGUUCGUAUCCAGCAGCAACUGACAUUGGCUAUAUUUGACAAAGCUGUUCGACUGGAUCGAUCCAGCAGCUGGUCGAGGACUGGACAGAAGAGGGCAGAGAAGGAAACAAUGGACGAUGCGAACAGACCCCAGAGCCCGACCAACAUCGUCAGUGUUGAUGUCAAGAAUAUUGCUGACUUUUUUUGUUUCUUCUUCCUCCUAUACGAAUCACCGCUGAGGCUUGCAAUUGCGUCAGGAUUCCUGAUCAGGCUGCUAGGGUGGAGGAGCUUGCUGGCCGGGUUUGUGGUCUUGCUUCUGCUGACUGCCGGUAAUGUACACACGGUGCGCAAAUAUACCGACAAGCAAGGAUCUGUGAUGGAGCAUCGGGAUCGUAAACUCCGAAUGGUGAACGGGGUAUUUCAAGGGAUCCGUCAAGUCAAGUUCUCGGCCCUAGAGGGCAAAUGGGAGGAGGCAAUUAACCAGGUCCGGGACCGAGAAAUGCGAGGGCAGCGGGCGGUUUGCUUUUGGCAGAUUGCGCUUAUUUCGAUUUAUUUCGUAUGCCCGAUCAUGCUGUCUGCGACGUGCCUUUCGGUAUAUGUGAUAGUCUACGGCACACUGUCUGCUGCCACGGCAUUCACAGCCAUCGCAGUUUUAAACGCCGCGGAAGUCUCCAUGACCAUCCUUCCGGACGUCAUCACAACACUACUGAGUGCUUCUGUCAGUAUCAAUCGAAUUCGCUCCUACAUCACACAGUCUGAGCGAGAAAAUUAUGUGAUUACCUCCGAUACAGUUUGGUUUGAAGACGCGGCGGUUGCAUGGCCUGGAUGCCGCGAUGCUAGCGGUGGGGGUGCCUUAAAAGGCCUCAAUUUACAAUUUCCCCGAGAUGCGUUAAGCAUCGUGACCGGCCCAACGGGUGCCGGAAAAAGCCUUCUACUCGCUUCCAUCUUAGGAGAAAGUGAUGUGCUCUAUGGGACUGUAUCAGCACCGGUAGCGGCUUGCUUUGACGAUUUAUGCUCACCUUCACCGUCGGAACCGUGGGUCACCUCGUUAGCAAUUGCGUUCGUGUCUCAGUCGCCCUGGAUGCAGACGGGUACCAUCAGAGACAACAUUCUGUUCGGCCUCCCGUUAGAGGAAAAACGUUACACAAAGGUAAUAUUUGCAUGUGCAUUACAACAGGAUUUCAACAUGCUCACUGACGGUGACCUGACGGAAAUCGGUGGGCAAGGCGCAACUCUCAGCGGUGGCCAGCAAUGGCGCAUUUCGCUCGCGCGUGCCCUAUACUCACGCGCUGGGACGUUGCUCAUGGACGACAUCUUCAGUGCAGUAGAUGUUCACACCCAGAAGCACAUGUGUCAGCACGCACUAACUGGUGAACUGGCGCGUGGACGGACGUGUAUUCUGGUGACGCAUCAUCUUGAUCUUUGUUUGGCGUAUGCUAGUUACAUCGUCGUGCUUGACCAAGGUGUUCUAAAACACGCGGGCCCUGUAUUAUCUGCGCCGGGAAAUCAGUCGUCUGGUUAUGAGAAUGCAGAUUCACAAUCACACGCAAGCCACAUACAGGAUACGACACAAAUUACAGCAGAUGAUGAGAAUCAUAAGUCCCAGGACCUCCGGACCGACAUUCAUACUGCAGGCCGGGUUUUCAUCAGGGAGGGCGGCAAGACGUCCCAUUGGUUGUUGCUGGGCGUCGCGUUCUUCGGAUACGGGGGUUUAAUGCUGGCAAGGUCUUGGUGGGUUCAUGUAUGGACGGACAGGUAUCAAUCGCGUACUGACGAUCAAAAUGGCAAACCGCAUCUUUUAUACUAUCUUGGUGUCUAUAUCGGUAUCUCAGCACUGACUUGUUUGUUCGGUAUAUUUCGCACAUAUUUCUCACUCUCUACAGCCUUGCGUGCCUCCCAGAAGCUGUUUCGGCAUCUCUUAUUUGUACUACUGAGAGCCCCUCUUCAUUGGCAUAAUUCUAUCCCCUUUGGGGCGGUCCUCAGUCGAUUUUCCAGCGAUUUUGCUAUACUGGACACAAGAGUCGGGGACGACCUGCAAGCGACAUUGGAAUUCACUAUGAAUGUCAUGAUUGCUAUUCUCGCGGGGUCCAUAGUCAACCCAAUAAUGAUCAUCGUAGCUACUUGUUUUCUAGGGGUGUACAUAUGGUUAUCGGGCGAGUACCUCAUCGCCUCACGGAAAGUGAAGCAUCUCGAAAACGAAGCGAAAGGCCCCAUCCUUGAGCAUAUCGACGCGGGCAUCAAUGGAAUAUCGACUAUUAGGGCCUAUGGACAAGCCGGUCUCUAUGUCCAUCAAUUUCAGGCCAAGGUGAAUGAUCACGCGCGAGCGUUUUGGCAUCUGUGGUUGUUGAAUCGCUGGCUGGGCUUCCGAAUCAACUUCCUCGGCGCAGCUUUCUCUUUCCUGUCCGCUGCAUUCGUUGUAUCGCUGCCCGGAAUUGACGCUUCGACAGCUGGGUUUGCCAUCAGCUUUACCAUCGACGUGUCUCUCUCCAUGGCCUUAAGUAUCCGGCGUUAUGCCAACCUCGAACAGGGCAUGGACAGCGUUGGAAGAGUCCAUUCAUACAGCAACCUGGAUAUCGAAAACUACAACGGCUCAGACUCUUCAUCGGCGUGGCCCGCAGAUGGUACUCUCAUUAUUCGUGAUUUAGUUGUCCGCCACGCGCCGCAUCUGCCUCCAGUGCUAGAUAGUGUUAGCUUUGAGGUGCAAAAGAGUGAGAGGGUUGGCAUAGUCGGGCGCACUGGAGCCGGUAAAUCCUCCUUUAUCUCAGCGUUGUUUCGAUUCUUGGAGGCGUCCGAGGGUGAGAUUUUAGUGGACGGCAUUGACAUCUCAACGCUCAAAAUCGACCAAUUACGGCGGCGGUUGGCCCUUAUUCCCCAACAACCAAUUCUUUUCCAGGGCACGAUUCGAUCAAAUCUGGAUCCAUUCAACGAGCAUGAUGAUAAUGAUCUCCACGCAGCACUGAAAUUAUGCUCUUGGAAUCAGGUAACGCCCAGGUUCCAUGGCGCUUCAACAGAGAGCGCAUGCAGGUCGUCCGCUGAGACGGCAUUUGCAACCGAUUCUGACGCUGUCGAAGAUGAUACAAAGCGUCUGCUCCCCGGCAACUCGGUAUCUAUAUUGGGGACUCCUGUCUCCGAGGGCGGGCAAAAUUUUUCCCAAGGCCAAAGGCAGCUGCUCUGCUUAGCUCGAGCAAUUAUCACGCGGCCGAAGAUUCUUAUCCUGGACGAGGCAACAUCAGCUGUCGAUCGUACCACAGAUGAGCUCAUCCAGCGAGCGUUGCGUACCGUUGUCAAGCAGAACAGAACUACACUUCUUGCUGUUGCUCAUCGGCUCAGUACAAUCGCGGAUUUUGAUCGGAUUGUCGUGAUGGAUGCUGGCCGGGUGGUUGAAUCAGGGACACCAAAGGAAUUACUCCAAGCUGGAAAUGGAAUAUUUCGGGAAAUGAUCGAACAAGACACAGAGCGAGAUGCUCUGAAGGGACUAAUCCUAGCAUAG